GCCACAGCCGCCACACGUCGAGGCGCACUGACGAGCCCUGGCGCCAUGAUCCGCCAAGGCUACGGCACGCCGACGCUGGCGAAGCCUUCCAAGGAGUUUGUCAAGCACAAGCGGCAGUCUCUCUCGCCCGAAAACCGGCAGAGCUCUGCGUUCUCGCCGCCGUCGCGCGGGCUCGGACGAGCCUCGAAGGUGCCUCCGCCUAAGUCGCCUCACGGCGGUGAGGCCGCUAUCUUCUCACGCAGCGUCUCACGCGGCGGGGAAAUCGCCGCAAAUGCCGCCGAGAGCGCCGGGUGCAACAACAUCCCCGGGCUCAAGGGCAUGAUCAAUGACAUCUUCGACGCGGCCGACACAAACAAGGACGGCCGGGUCGACAUCGACGAGAGCUACGUCCUCAUCCUCAAGCUCUACAUCAAGGUGAACCGGCAGGCUCCCGUCAACCCUCCGAGCCGCGAGGUCUCCGAAGUGCUCUUCCGCGCUGCAGACAACGACGGCAGCGGCCGGCUCAACAAGGAGGAGUUCCUCGAGCUCGCGACGACGCUGCUGGGCCGCGCAGGCCUGCGCGUCGCCGCGUACAAGGCAAUCACCCUCUUGGCGGCGCCGUUUCUGGGCGCCUAUUUGGCCGCCAUGGCCUGCCGCAGCUACGCCGCCGCGCCGGGCGGCGGAGGGGGGCCGCGGCCGUUGUGGGCUGCGUCCGUCGACGGGUUGCUUGCGGGGCUUGGGUCGGUGCUGCCUGACUCCGCGGAGGCGGCGGUCUUUAGCGAGGACUUCCUCCGCACGCUGCUGAUGAUCGCCUUCAUCGCGACGCUCGGCACGAGACGUAGCCGAGACAUAGCCGGGAGAUGGGGGGAGAUGACGCCUUCCGUGCUGGCCUUCUGCUCCGUGGAGGAGGCCUCGUCACUAGCCAGUGGCCGUGACCUGCCCAGGCAAGACAACUCUCGCCGCCUUCGACUCGCUCCUAAACUUCUUUGCCCGCCGCGAGGCGGACGAGUCCGAGCCGCCCGCGACGAUGAAGGACGCGCUGACCGGCGCCGCGUCGGGGCUGGUGCAAGGCGUGGCGGGCGCGUCGUCUGCCGCCGCGGGCGAGGCGCUCGCCUGACCACUUCUCCAUGUAGCUGCAGCUUGGCGUCGCUCUGCUCGCCCCGCGGCGCCACACUUGCUGGCGAGGUCGAGGCCCUUCGGACCGGCCCCACUUGCCGCUGCGAGGUGGACGGCCAAACAGCUCCGGGGCGUUCCACCUGCGAUCGACGCCGUUGGGGAGUUGAGGUUGAGGGACCCCGACUACGCAGGUACGGGUACCAUGUGAGGUGCAUCCUCUUAUGUUAAAUCGCGUGUACAGUCGUAUGUGUGCCCGGCUAGUCUUUCAUUUGUAAGCGGCAUAAAGUCGGGCACUU